AGCAGGCUGGCGACCGGAAGUGAGGUUCUGUGUCGCGAGCUCACCUCUGCUCGGCUCCGCAGGUCACCCUCUCCCGCGGCGCUCGCCAGCCCCUGCGUGUCUGUCCCCGGGUGGGAGGGCGCCAUGGAGGCGCCGCCGCCCGCGCCCCGCGGCCUGCUUAGCCCGGCCUGGGGUCCUUUCCCCCGAGUCUUUGCUGCGGGUGCUGUGGCUGCGGAUUCCCAAGACUUUGCGGAGCACCGGGAGCCGCAUCCCUAUGUCUCAGAGCCGGGUUCCCCGGAGUCCGGAUGGGACCGCCUCCGGCAGCUGUUUGUCAAAGAUGAACAUCAGAGAAUUCCAAAGGAAGUUGAAUAUAUCUGCAGGGCAGCUGUUUCAGCAGGCAUCAUUGGCUGGGCAUAUGGAGGAAUACCUGCUUUUAUUCAUGCUAAAAACCGCUACAUCGAGCAGAGUCAAGGGGAGAUGUUCCAUAACCGCUUUGACGCUGUGCAAAGUGCACACCGAGCUGGCACGAGGGGCUUCCUCCGGUAUGGCUGGCGUUGGAGUUGGAGAACUGCAGUUUUUGUAACCAUAUUCAACACAGUGAACACUGGACUAACUGUGUAUCGAAAUAAAAAUGCCUUAAGCCAUUUUGCCAUUGCUGGAGCUGUCACAGGCGGUUUGUUCAGAGUAAACUUAGGUAUUCGAGGCUUGGUGGCUGGUGGUAUAAUUGGAGCCUUGUUGGGUACGCCUAUGGGAUGCUUGAUGAUGGCACUGCAGAAGUACUGUGAUGAGACUGUUCAGGAGAGAAGACAGAAGGACCAGAAGGCACUCCGUGAGCAGAAGCUGGAAGAGUGGAGACGAAAGCUGCAACACACUGAGCUCCUCCCUGAGAAAAUUGCAAGUGACUUAGAGAAGAUUCGGUCUGAGGAAAAUGCUCAGAGAAUCCAGGAGCUGCUAAACCUUCCUAGGAACCCUUCAUCGCCAGAUAAACCAAGCAAAGACUGAGGACAAGGGGUCUGUGUGUGAAGGAAUGCCAGUGCCAGGCUACUCCUUGUCAACCUGACAAAUGCCAGUGCUGGCACCUGUGGUAGCAGUGACUUGCCUCUUACCUUUUCCCUCUGCACAUCAAGGAUUGGGCAAUCAAAGCUGGGUGCCACACACAGUAAUCCCAGCUGCUUAGGAGGCUGAGAAAAGAAGAUGACAUGAGGCCGGCUUGAGCUACAUAAUGAGACCCUGUUUCAAAAAUACACACCCACAAAAAACAACAGAACCAAAAACAACCCAAAGAAUUGGGUUACGUUUCCCUAUCUAUACUGAUCAUUGAUCCAUCUGAAUACUUGUAUUUCUCCCUCUUGCUAGAUUUUAUACAAGUAAAAUACUUCCCAAAAGAAUAAAGUAUAGGUUGUCUGGAUUGCCUA